UCUUCAUCCUCGCCUUCCCAGUGGACCCCGCCGCGGAGUUCGAGGGGCACAGGGACAGGAUAUGACGAGGAGACUUCCUUGUUUUGUUCUAUCCAUCUUGGCUUCUGUAGCAAGGGACAGAGAAAACAGGGAGCUGAGGUGACUAGGACUCACCUGCCAUUUCGGAUGUCACUGCCCCCUACUAGGUGGCCACUGCUGCUAUCCGGAGAUGAUGGAUGUUCCAGUCUCCCUGGACCCCUUGCAGGGAGCAUCUCUGCCCUGCAGUCUCUUCUUCCUCACCCACCUCUUCCUCCUCCAGCCUGGGAUGCUGAACUCAGAGGAGGUCCAGGUGGUGGGCCCCGGGGAGCCCAUCCUGGCCCUCGUGGGGGAAGAGGUGGAGUUCCCGUGCCACCUGUCGCCCUAUGUGGACGCCGAGCACAUGGAGAUCCGCUGGUUCCGGAGCCAGGCCUCCAACGUGGUCCACCUGUACCAGGAACGGCAGGAGCUGUUCGGCUUGCAGAUGGCCGAGUUCCAGAACAGGACCACACUCAUCAAGGACGAGAUUGCAGACGGCAGCGUGAUCCUGCAGCUCCAUAGUGUCGUCCCCUCCGACGAGGGCGUGUAUGGGUGCCGCUUCCUCUCCAGCGACUUCUCUGGCGACGCUGUCUGGCAACUGGAGGUAGCAGGGCUGGGCUCAGAUCCCCGCAUCUCCCUUGAAGGCUUCAAGGAGGGGGGCAUUCAGCUGCGGUGCAGCUCAGGAGGUUGGUACCCGGAGCCCAAGGCUCAGUGGAGAGACCAUCAGGGACGGUGCCUGCCUCCCGAAUUUGAAGCCAUCAUCCAGGACACCCAGGGCCUGUUCAGUCUGGAAACAUCUGUGGUUGUCCAAGGCGGGGCUCACAGCAACGUGUCCUGCUCCAUCCAGAACCCCCUCCUGGCCCAGAAGAAAGAGUUUGUGGUCCAGAUAGCAGAUGUGUUUUUACCUGGAAAUUCUCCCUGGAAGGGUGCUUUCCUCGGGACUCUGGCGGGACUGGCGCUCCUCCUGGCUCUCCUCACCACACUGGCCUUGUCCUGCUUUCGGAAGCAACGGAGACACCAAGAAAAGCUAAAGAAGCAGGCAGAGGAGGAGAAAGGGAAACUCACCUCAGAGCUAGAGAAGCUUCAGACAGAGCUUGACUGGAGAAGGGCUGAAGGCCAGGCUGAGUGGAGAGAAGCCCGACAAUAUGCAGUGGACGUGACCCUGGACCCGGCCUCGGCGCACCCCAGCCUGGAGAUCUCCGAGGACGGCAAGAGCGUGUGGGCCGGCGAGGGGGCGCAGGGCGCGGCCGCGGGCGCCCCGCCGCGGUUCGCCGAGCAGACGUGCGCGCUGGGCCGCGAGCGCUUCUCCGCCGGCCGCCACUACUGGGAGGUGCACGUGGGCCGCCGCAGCCGCUGGUUCCUGGGCGCGUGCCUGGCCGCGGUGCCGCGCGCGGGGCGGGCGCGCCUGAGCCCGGCGGGCGGCUACUGGCUGCUGGGGCUGUGGAACGGCUGCGAGUACUUCGCGCUGGACGCGCACCGCGUGGCGCUCUCACUGCGCGUGCCGCCGCGGCGCGUGGGCGUCUUCCUGGACCACGAGGCCGGGAGGCUGUCGUUCUUCAACGUGUCCGACGGCUCGCACAUCUUCACCUUCGCCGACACCUUCUCGGGGGCGCUCUGUGCGUAUUUCAGGCCCAGGGCGCACGACGGCGGCGAGCACCGGGAGCCCCUCACCAUCUGCCCGCUGCCCGUUAGGGGGACGUGGGUCCCCGAAGAGGACGACAGAGACGCCUGGCUGCAGCCCUAUGAGCUCUCAGACCCUGCGCUGGGUCUGUGGUGAGGCGCUUUUGCGGAGGCAGGACUGGGUCUUUGCAGCUUUCCAAUACCCUGGUGUGCCAGUUUGCAUAUAUUGUGUCCUCCCCAACCCCAUUAUCUUUGAUGCAGUCUUGUGUAGGCUGAAGUAUUAGUGUUGAUUAGAUUGGAAUUCUUUGAGUGUUUCCAUGGAGAUGG